AUGGCAAAACUAGUCGUAUUUGUGCUACUUAUUUCCCCUACUCUUGCCUGCCUUGGUGGAGGAGGUGGCACAUGCUGUCCACCAUCUACACCAUCAUGUGGAUCAAUACCUCCAUGUUCUAGUUCAAGUUAUGGUGGAGAAAGUGGAGCUUCACGUGUGUUAUCAUCAUAUGUAGCGGCGCCACCACCUAAAUAUGCAGCUGGACCACCAGCUUCAGCAUAUGUUGCUAGUGGGCCAAGUGGAGCUUAUAGCGCUGGUGGCGCAUAUGGUGGAGCUGGUGGAGCUUAUAGUGCUGGCGGUGCAGGCGGUGGUGCUUAUAGUGCAGGUGGUGCAGGUGGUGGUGCUUAUAGUGCAGGAGGUGCAGGCGGCGGUGCUUACAGUGGUGGCGGUGCAGGCGGUGGUGCUUAUAGUGCAGGCGGUGCAGGCGGUGCAGGCGGCGGUGCUUACAGUGGUGGCGGUGCAGGCGGUGGUGCUUAUAGUGCAGGCGGUGCAGGCAGCGGUGCUUACAGUGGUGUCGGUGCAGGCGGUGGUGCUUAUAGUGGUGGUGGUGCAGGCGGUGGUGCUUAUAGUGGUGGCGGUGCAGGCGGUGGUGCUUAUAGUGGUGGUGGUGCAAGCGGUGGUGCUUACAGUGGUGGCAGUGCAGGCGGCGGUGCUUACAGUGGUGGCAGUGCAGGCGGUGGUACUUAUAGUGAUAGUGGUGCAGGCAGCGGUCCUUACAGUGGUGGAGGUGCAGGCGGAGGUGCUUAUAGUGGUGGUAGUGCUGGUAGCGGGAGCUAUGGUGGUGGCAGUGCUGGGGUUUACAAUGGAAAAAGUGCUGCUAAUUACGACAUUGCUGACCAAACCUAUCCUGGGGCAGGUUCUCUUCUUGUCCCACCACAUAAACCAUCACCCAUAAAUGCUCCACCACCACCACCGCCACCACCACCACCUCCUCCACCUGAACCUGUGCAAAAUUACCUCGAGACUGCACCGCGGCCAGGUCCAGUAGAGAGUCUAGAAGUACCAGCAGUACCAGAAGUACCAAGAUCUCAACCCUCACCUUUUGUUCAACCACAGCCCAUACCACAACCGGCACCAUCACCACAGCCAGCACCUUAUUUGGAACCUUCAGGCACUGAAUAUGAUGAAUUAAGUGAGCGCCAGGAGCAGUAUCAAGAGCCACAUGGAGCUAAUAUUGGUACUCACAAGGAAACAUAUAAACCUGAGCAAGUGAGGGUUACUAGACCAGUACCGCCAACUAUAGCCGUCCCUUCUUCUGCAUCUCUUCCUGCUCUUCCUUCUGCUCCAGAAUAUCAACAAUCAAUUGUACCAGCUCCUCAAAAGUUACCUAAAGUCCCACUCCCUGCUCCUCUACCAUCGCAGCAACUGGAAGAAGAAAAAAUACCUGAUAUAUCUCAGCUCAUACCUGAAGUGCCUCAGAUACCUGAAGUACCUCAACAACCACAGCAGCAAGUGAAACCAGCUUCUGGUAACAAUUUAAUUGGUUACGAGGAGGAGGAAACCGAUCUCGAAGAAGAAAGCGAUAAAGCUUGUAAUGAUGAAGAACUUAAAAGUAUUAUAGAGGAGGUUUUGAAUACGAAAGAAGAUAAUUUGGAAGCGGCUCGAGAAAUUGAAGCAAGAGCAUCGAAAAGAUUUUCUGGACGUUUCAAUGCAAUCGUUUCGAACGCUGAAUUUGCCUAUGUAAAUUGGUAUGGAAGGCGGAAUUGUCAAUUGAGAGUGCGUGAUAGGCAUUCGUUAACCUGGGAAGAUUAA